CGAUAUUCACCUACAAUGGGCCCUAUCAAACACAAGGCGUUGAUCAACGUCGACUUGGGGGAGGGAUAUGGAAACUGGUCAAUCACUUCCGAUGAAGAUUUACUGCCAUACAUUGACCAUGCGAACAUCGCUUGCGGAUUUCACGCCUCGGACCCUCUCAUAAUGAUGGACACUGUUCGCAGUUGCAAAGAACACGGCGUGAAAAUUGGCGCGCACCCCGGUCUACCCGACCUGCAAGGAUUUGGACGACGAGAGAUGAAACUCUCAACAGAGGAACUGACAGCCAUAACAAUCUACCAAGUCGGAGCUCUGAAAGGCUUUCUAGACCGGGAGGGUGUCACUCUUCACCACGUCAAACCCCACGGAAGCUUAUAUGGAAUGUGUUGCAGAGACUAUGAUAUUUCGACAGCUGUCUUCAAAGGCAUCCCCAAGGGUGUCAAAGUGUUUGGGCUUCCGGGUACUUGCAUGGAGCAGGCUGCCAAGGAUAUGGGACUCGAAUUUGUUGCAGAAUUCUACGCGGAUGUGAAAUACAAACCGGAUGCCUCCCUGCUGAUCGAGCGCAAAAAGAAGGCAUGGGAUCUCGAUGAAGUCCGACAGCGCGUAACCCAGCAGAUGGAGACAUGUACUGCUUCUGCUAUUGACGGAUCAACCUGCGAAUUGCCCGUCAAGGAUCACCCAAUCUCCAUUUGCUGUCAUUCAGAUGUUCCGGGCUGUUUGGAGUUGGUCAAGGCGACCAGGGACGCUGUCAACACUUUUAACAAGGUGCACUUUCCCGAUCAAUGA